AUGAAUGUAAGUUCUCUUCUGAUCAACAUUCAACUGAUUAUAUUUGGUGUUUCUACUCUCAUGGCCCCUGUUUAUGAUGGACCUGCAUCUAAUUUGGUACCAGGAAACAAUCUGGAAUCAAUGGUUCAUCAGCUGAUGGAUAUGGGUGGUGGUAACUGGGACAAGGAUACGGUUCACCGAGCACUUCGUGCUGCUUACAAUAAUCCAGAGCGUGCUGUGGAAUACUUAUAUUCUGGAAUCCCUACAUUAGGAGAAGCUGCUCAGGCUGAAGGGCCAAACACAACUGGGACAGCUGCUGAAGGCGAUACUCUGUCUGUAUUGCCAAAUUCUGCACCUCUAGAUAUGUUUCCACAGGGAGCUCCCAGUGUGGGUGGAGGUGCUAGUGGUGGGUCUCUUGAUUUCCUUAGAAAUAAUGAACAUAUACCGAUAUCUUCUGCAAAUGAAGAUCUUCAACAAGUGUUUUCACACAAGAGGCGCAUAUUUGCUCUAAAAAAGAAGGAUAUUGCAAAUCCCAACAUAAUGCAUCGCUGGAUAAAACAUUUUCAGUCGUGCAAGCAGGAUUGCCUUUCAAUUAAUGCGUACAGCAAAAGUUCUGUCAACCAGCAGGAGGCCUAG